AUCCCAGAAUACAGGUCAGUGAGUGACAAUAUAAUGUAUUGAAAUAACUGUACUGUAGCCUUUGUAACUGCAAAGAUGAGUGUCAACUUCGUCGAUUACUUCGCCAACGAGCAUAAUGGAUACGAUAUUCUGUAUCAAAACAUGAAAUACGGUCUCAUCGCGAGCAAGGAGCUGUCGGAGUACCUGAGAGAGCGAUCGAACAUCGAGGAGUCCAAUUCGAAGUCGUUGGCGAAGUUAGCGAAGCAGGCGAACAGCAACUGCGCGCAGGGCACGUUCGCGCCCUUCUGGGGCGUGCUCAAGUGCUCGGCCGAGAUCCUGGCCAACCUGCACCAGGACAUGUUCCAGAAGGUCGGCGAGCUGGUCAAGGACGUGGCGCGCUACGCCGACGAGCUUCACAAAAAACACAAGGCCGUCAAGGACUCCGAGUCCAACACCCUAGAAGUAGUGCUACUCAUACAGAACACUAAGCAGGCUUUGCAGAAAGCUAAAGAUGUGUACACCAGCAAGUCCACCGAAUUAGAAAAGCUGCGCAAAGAUAACGCUUCUGCUAAAGACAUAGAAAAGGCAGAAGUUAAACUCAAAAAGCUUCAUGAGGACUAUCGGCAGCUGGCUGAAAAAUACAACCUUGUCAAACAAGAUUUUGAGAAGAAAAUGACUCAAACCUGUAAACAUUUUCAGGAUGUUGAGGAGGCCCAUCUGAAGCAGAUGAAACAGUUUGUGAAUGCGUACGCGGACAUCACUCAGAACAAUCACGAUCUGAUAGGACAAGUACACAGGGAUUUUAAACAUCAGUGCUUAGAAUUAACUGUAGAAAAGCUUCUUGAACAAUUUUUGAUAGAGAAGUAUAAUGCUAUAGAGAAAGCUAAUUUGGUAGAGCUGCCCACAUCGUUGACCAAGCCAGGGUCAGCUAAUAAUUCGAUUUCAGAAGCAGAUCAAAUAUCCACCAUUUCGAAUGGUUCUCACAAGCCAGCACAGCCUCAGAAGGCACCCAAGAAAGAACCAUCGUUUGCCACUAAGACUUCAAGAAGGACCACAUCUCUCCUGAACUUGUUUACUCCAAGUUUCCAGAGCAAAGAUGAGCCAAGUGGCAGUAUUGAUGGAGCGGCUCCCUGCUCUGCCCCUUCCAGUCCCAGCGGUACACCGGCCACACCGGUAGCUCCAGACAAAGACAGCAACAUGGGCAGGACUCCUCUCCGUGAAUCAAAAUGGUUCCUUCGUAGCAGAAGGACCAAGACCAAAUUAAAAAAAUCAAAAAAGAAAAAAGAUGAGAUAUCAGAAAACUCAAAUGCAGGUGAUAAGUCUGAUUUAGAGGAAAAAGAAGAGGAGGUAGUGACGAAAGAGGAUCUGAUGAAUUCUCCUGAAGUAGAUGAGGAGGGCUACUGCAUAAGACCUAAAGAUGAAAAAGGUAGUGUUUAUUCUUCCACAGACUCUGACUCAGAUGAGGAUAGAGAUCGUAAAAUUCAUGUGGAGAUUAAACCUAUCAGUAAUGGCGGCGCUCCCAUGUCUGCCAGCGUCGACGAGUUGAGGGCCACUGUAGAAAAUAUUUCUCUGUACAAAAUAGGCACUAAUACAAGACGCGGAUCAAACGCCAACACAAGUAAAGCGAGCAGCGAUUUGUUAGAUCUGAACUUCUUCCAAAGCCCUACCGGGAGCAAUCCUACCUCGCCACACGGCAACGUCUCAAAUCCGUAUGCGCCGUUGCAAGCUAAUCAAUCGCAUUUACUGGAGAGUCCCACGCCUGUGUCCACGGCCGACGUCGGGGACUUGUUUUCGGAAGUGGGCGAGAUGAGUCAAUCGGCCGUCCGCACGUCCACGCCGACGAUAUCCACCAUCUCGCUGCCACGUCCACCCUCGAGGCGGUCAGAAGGCGACUUUCGAACCGCCGGCUCCUCCGGCUCUCGCGGACCUUCCCCUCUCACCAUCGGCAUGGCCGACACCAUUCCCCUGGCUGUCGCAUUUCACGAGAUCAUACACUCAUAUUUCCGGGGCACAGAGGAGUCCAAAUGCCAGGUGAAAAUGUCCGGCGACAUGAUGCUGUCCUUCCCCACCGGCAUAGUGGGCGUUCUGGCUAACAAUCCGAAUCCCGCCAAGCUCUGCUUCAGACUGAAAAACAUCCACAGAUUGGACAACGUGCUGCCGAACAAGCAACUGAUAUCGAUCAACGCGAUGCUGUCGACCCGCGACUCGACGGUGGUGGAGUUCAACAUGCCCGCUCUGACUUCCCUGCUGAAGAGACAGUCGGAGAAGAAUCCGACCGCGCAGUACUUCAACGUGGACAUACUGAAGUACCAGAUCCGCCCGAAGGCGGGGGCGGCGUCGUGUCCUUUCCAAUUGGUGGCCUAUUGGAAGUGCGAGCGCGACCACACGGACCUGAAGGUGGACUACAAGUACAACCUGCACGCGAUGAGCCCGCCGUCGCCGCUGCUGAACGUGUCGGUGUGCGUGCCGAUGAACGGCGCGGUGCGGAACGUGAUCGCGAUGCCGCCGAGCCAGUGGAGCGCGGACAGCGGGCAGGCGCUGUGGCGCUUCACGGAGCUGUCGCAGCACUCGGAGGCCCGCGGCGUGGGCUCGCUGCGCGCGCGCUUCGAGCUGGGCGCGGGCCCGUCGAGCCGCGCCACGGCCUCGGCGCAGUUCAACUGCGAGGGCGCCACGCUCUCCGGCAUAGAGUUCGAGCUCGUCGGCGGCGGCUACCGCCUCUCGCUCGUCAAGCGCCGCUUCGUCUCCGGCAAAUACAUUUGUGAUAGUGAGCUGCACUGAUCGGUCCAAAUCCUUAUGAAUUCACGUAUCGGUUGAUACUUAGUUAUCCUCGUCGAUUUUUAAGGUGUGUACGCGAUGUGUAGAAUUGUAUAAAUAGUCCAUUCUCAUCGAAAUGUAUCUUUGGUACCUUAUAGGACUGUUUCCUGUCCACGAAAUUAUGUUAUGUUAGUUAUUAAAUAAGUUUGUCAAUUUUCAUUAUUAUAAAAUUGUAAGUUUACAUGAUGGUAAAUAAAGCAUUCACAAUACUUUUUAUACAAAUGUGCCAUUUACAUUAAAAUGUAAUUUGUAAUAUUCAGCAUUGCUUUCUGCCCAGUCUGUAUAAAAUUAACGAUUCUUUAUGUGUAUAAAUUGCUAGAAACAGUAGCAUCACAAUUUUUAGUUUAACAAAUAAAUUAUUAAUUUUAUUUAAGUUUCUAGGUAUGUGAAUGACCUGCUAAUUUAAACAUGUUAAACAUGAUAGAGUUAAUAACCCAACCAAAUGAGCUGUACAGUUUGGCUAUAAUAUCUUUAAUUUACAGCCUUUAUAGCCAUAAUAGGUGUAUUAUUAUAUCCAUUAUUAUUUUGUUUAUCAAAAAAUUAUUCCAUUACAUUAUUAUUUGCUAGUUCUGCGGUCAUUAUUUCAUACUAUUUCUAGGUAGUUUUUUAUUUUAGUUGCAUUAACACAAAAUAAUUUCACUUUGUGACCUAUUAUUACGUAUUUAGAAUAUAUUUUUAUUAUUAGUAAACACUUAUGAUGGCCUAAAACACAAUAAUCUUAUUAAUCUCAUCUACUUAUUAAGGCCACAAUAACUAACCCUACUGAGUACUUAGAGGAUAAAUAAUUCCUUGUACUGUACCUAUAUUAUUUUAUUGCAGUUUCAGUAACCUUGUUGGACUUUGGUUCAAGUGAAUCUCUGAAACCAGUGUUUACAGUACUUGCUUUUAGUUAUUUUACGUUUGAAUUUUUUGGAGCAUUUAGUGGAGAUCCACCUUAAACAAGUUACAACAAAAUUGUUAACUUCUUUGCUUAUCCAGUAAUUUUUCUUGUUAUUUCAAGUUUUACUCAUUAGUAAUCUCAUAUUUUAAUGUUUCUAAAUAUAGUUAUUAUUAUUAUAAUGUAUAUUAGGAUUGUAAUAUUUCCACACAGCCUGACGGCCUAAUAUUUAUUGAACUCCUACCUUUUGUAUAGUAACUAAACUAACUUUACCAAAAGUGAAGUGUUCAUAAAAUAAACAGUUUAAUUAUUAAAUAAAAACUUGAAAACCAUUCCAGUACUAAUAAUUAUGUUCUUUACUUUUUAAAUGUAAUUUAGAAUUAUUAUUUUCACAAAUAAUUAUGUUAUUAAUUUUUAUAAGGGAAUCAUAAUUUGGCAGCAAAUUGUAUUAGAACUAUUUAAUCGACUUCAUUUAUAAAUUCACCAAAUGUUAUAUACCUAACCACAACAAAACACAAUUGAUCGCGUAAAAAAAGUAUUUUUGUAUUGUAAAAUUUAUCGCAUGUAUGAUUCUAUGUAUACUGUACUAUUACAUUCAUGGUAAUUUGAAAUAAAAUGUAAUUUUAGCAUUUUCA